CAUCUGUUCUAUUUUAUUCAUUCUUUGUCUAACUCUCUUUCCCACAAAGACAAAUCUUCUCAUGGAAUCGCAUUGCUUCACAUAUGUUGUUAUCACUGUUCUUAUAGCACUCUCAGUGAGGUUGGCGGAGACAAGUACUCCAUGUGAAUUUCCGGCCAUAUUUAACUUCGGCGAUUCGAACUCCGACACCGGUGGCUUGGCUGCAAUAUAUGCAUAUAACCCUCCUCCUAAUGGCGAAUCAUAUUUCCACAAACCUGCUGGCCGCUACUGCGAUGGCCGUCUUGUCAUUGAUUUCAUAGCUGAGAGUUUAAAAUUGCCGUAUUUGAGUGCCUACCUUGAUUCAGUGGGAAGCAACUUCACACAUGGAGUCAACUUUGCCACGGCAGGGUCAACCAUCAGACCCCAAAACACAACUUUUAAACAGACCGGUUACAGUCCCAUUUCCUUGGACGUUCAGUGGAAUGAGUUCUAUAGUUUUUACAGUAGAUCUCAAACUACUCGUCAAAGAGGUGGAGUUUUUGAAAAGCUUUUGCCAAAGGCUGAAGUUUUCUCUCGCGCUUUGUACACAUUUGACAUUGGUCAGAACGAUUUAACAGCUGGUUACUUCUUGAACAUGACCACUGGCGAAGUUAAAGCAUAUGUACCUGAGCUACUGAAUCAGUUCAAAACCAUUGUUAAGCAUGUGUAUGGCCAAGGAGGUAGAUACUUUUGGAUACACAACACUGGUCCCGUCGGCUGUCUAGCAUAUGUCUUGGAGCGCCUUCCGGUUACAUCCGCACAGAUGGAUAAAGCAGGAUGUGCUUCGCCUUUCAAUGAAGUCGCGCAGUUUUUCAACCGCGGAUUAAAGGAAGCUGUGGUCCAAUUGAGAAAGGAUUUACCAUUAGCUGCAAUAACUUAUGUUGAUGUUUACUCAGUAAAGUACUCCCUCUUUAGCCAGUCAAAGAAGCAUGGGUUUGAGCAACCACUAAGAGCAUGUUGUGGUCACGGCGGGGAGUACAACUACAACGUUAGCACGGGGUGUGGUUCAAAGAUGGAAGUGAAUGGAAAAGAUAUUUUAGUGGGAAAGGCUUGUAAGGAUCCUUCUGUUUGGAUAAACUGGGAUGGAUAUCAUUUCACUGAGGCAGCUAACAAGCAGAUUUUCGAUCAGAUUGUAAAUGGGUCAUUUUCUGACCCGCCAAUUCCACUCAAAAUGGCUUGCCAUAGAAAGCUAGAACAUUCAUGAUCUAGACACUUGUACUACUUAAUUUAUCAGUCUUGUUACUUCUUUUCUAGUUCAGUUUGAUAAUAUGGGGAGCCAAUUGGAACAUUUUAUUAUGGAUUCGUCCCAUUCAAAUUGUAAGUCAUAGCAAUCAAGACCAUAUAUU